GGGAAAAAAAGCCUCACCCCCACCACACCGGGACGGUGGAACCGUGAGGGGAAGGAGAAAGAGAAUAUAUAUAUUUGCAAACUGAAAACAAACACCGCACGGACCAGGAAGAGAUUCUAAACAUGGAACUAGCUAACCAUGGUUUAAUUCUGUUACAACAACUUAAUGCCCAGCGGGAGUUUGGCUUUCUUUGUGACUGCACGGUGGCUAUAGGUGAUGUCUAUUUCAAGGCUCAUAAAGCAGUCCUUGCUUCUUUCUCCAAUUACUUCAAAAUGCUUUUUAUUCAUCAAACCAGUGAUUGUGUCCGACUGAAGCCAACGGAUAUUCAGCCAGAUAUUUUUAGCUACCUCCUUCAUUUAAUGUACACGGGAAAGAUGGCUCCCCAGAUUAUUGAUCCUGUUCGUCUUGAGCAGGGAAUUAAAUUCCUGCAUGCAUAUCCACUAGUUCAAGAAGCCAGCUUAGCCAGCCAUGGAGCCAUUCCUCGCCCUGAUCAAGUUUUUGCUUGGACAUCUUCGCUGUAUGGCAUUCAGAUUGCGGACAAUCAAACUUCACCCCCAAGUAGGUUAUCGUCAGCUGCAGAAAAGUCUGGGCGAGAGCCCAGGUCACACACACAUCCUUCUCGGAUAGAACAAGAACGAAGUUCAGACGUUGGGCAGCAGCAUUCCCAAAGUGCUCAAAUUCUACAGCCCUCUCUGCAUAUUGGGCAGUCAUCUGGAACACCAUUAGGAUUGGUUUCUCCGUCUGGUCCUCAAACUGUUGAAGAACGCCUCGAGAAUAUUCCGCUAUUGGAUGGACAACCUGGAAUACAUGCAGUAGCACACGUUAAGCCCAGUAUUAUGAAGAGGAAUAGUGGUUUUCCGAAGUUUUAUGUUUGUCAUCUUUGUGGCAGAAGGUUUACUUUACGAAGCAGCCUACGUGAGCACCUGCAGCUCCAUACAGGCAUGUCACUUCCUGUUACCAACCAAGCUGGAAUGAAUGUGCUGAGGCAAUUGGUCGAGUCUGGGAAACCUACAAAAGAAGUUGAGGAAAUACCUGAAGCAGAAGUAAUUAGCGAUGGGGAACUACAACAGAAGAAUGAUUCGCCAAUGGCAGAUAGCCAACUGCAAGCAGAAACACCACCUCCAUCAGACAUUGCGGACAUUGACAACUUAGAGUUAGGGGAUCAAGAUAGGGAGGUAAAAAGGCGAAAGUAUGAGUGCUCUAUCUGUGGCCGUAAAUUCAUCCAGAAAAGUCACUGGAGAGAGCAUAUGUAUAUUCACACAGGCAAACCGUACAAAUGUAGUACCUGUGAUAAAACAUUCUGUAGGGCCAACCAGGCUGCCAGGCAUGUGUGCCUUAACCAGAACUCCGAUACCUUUCUGAUGGUAGAUAAUAAGCAAGCAAUGCUCACUGAAGGCUCCUCAGAAGAAACUAGCCAGUCACUAAUGGAUCCAGUGUACCUAGCAACAAACCAGUCAAAUCAAUCAUACAAGUGCAAUCUUUGUGACAAAAGCUUUUCAAAUGCUAGUGAAGCUGUUCGGCAUCAAUGCCAAAACGAGAACUCUGAUACCUUUGUUUUGAUGGAAGGCCAACCAGCAGUGCAAGGGGAGGGCUCUUCAGAGGCUUGUGAAAUGACAGAAACAAAUCAGUCAUUGUCAGAGACAGUGCAUAAUGUGGAGGAUGGUCAGGCUGUUUUAGUGGAAUGACAACUGUUCAUUUUAUCUCCUUUCAAAGCAUUUCUUAUAAUGUACAAUUCAAAAUUAUUAGUUAUUAGAUAUAGUUUAUUUUCUAAAUUAGUUUUCGGCUUUCUUUUCUGGCAAAAGUAUGUCAUUAUUCAUUAUUCGCUGAUAUUGUGACUUAAAAUGAAAAUCCUGGUGGCAUAAUGUGCAGUACCAUGUACUAUGUUGCACUAGAGUUCACAUUAGCCCAUGUCAAUCAUGAGCUGCUUUGGGACCAGAUUCAGGAGUGUUUAUGCUGUGGCUGAAAGAAGCUGUGCAUUGUUCUUUUUUAUUGGCAUUGCCUGAUGUGCACAUCCCCUUGUGGAUCGAACGGGAAAUGAAAUUACAAUGUCCCAAAUCGAUAAAUCUUUAUGCUCUACAGAGGUAUUUUACCCAACAAAGCACUCAAAAGUGUGCAUUCUCCUACUGAGUCUUUUAGAUGUGUACUCAAAUUAAAAGGGACAGUUUAAUGAAACAUUGGUGAUUGCCAUUGUGAUUAAGAAAAUACUCCUUCCUGUUUGUCAAGAGAUGCAAGAACUGUUGAUAAAUGUCCUUCUCUAAUGAUCAGCCGAUUACCAGGUACACCUAUCUGUUGAUUCAAGUAACAAAUUACAAAAAUGCAUAACAAGGCGAUGGCAUUCUUGAAUCAAUUAUGAAUCCAGAAUGUUAGUUUUGCCCUGAGCUGGAACUUCACAUGACUAACUCAGUCAAAAGUCAAACAUUCAGUCCAUCUUUGUAAAGGAAAAGCAUGAUCCUAGAGGUGUGAAAUACCAAAAUUAUUUUAUUUCAAAAGGUAUCACUGCAAUCUGUAAUUACUGAAAUGCCCUGCUAAUUAAUGAAUCGUACAUAUGAACAGUAUUUCCUAAAUAAAACUUGUUCAAUAUGGUAUUAAAUAAAUUACUCACUUACGGAAAAGGAGCUUUUGUUUUAGAUAUUCAAGGCUAUUUUCCAGUGUGAUAGAACAAAAAUGUGCUCUGGUGCUCCACAUUUGUCCCUAUUCACUUGUAUAAUCUUGUUUUUAAACUAUGUUCAGUGUAAUUCUGAAUAUUACUUACCUCACUUAUUUACGAUUUGCUCUUCAAUAUGUCUGUGUAAUCUGCUUUCAAGGUGGGGUGGAGGGGGGGGGGGGUGGGGAAGACUUAAAACAUCUAUGCAUGCUGACUUCAAAAUACAGUAGUAGUAUUUGUAACUUGUUUUACAGAAAUAGUAGAUGCAUUAUUUAUUCUGUGUUGUCUGUCUUUAUACAUUUUUAGAGAUAAUUAUUAGGAAAAAAUAAGCUGAGGAACAGCACACUGAAUAAUAUCUAUCCUUUCAAAUUCUGGAUUAACUAAGGUAGAUUGGAAUUGCUGUCUGGAGGAAACGCAGGGUGGUUACUGCAAAAAUUAACUUACUUGGUUUAUUAUUCGAAAUAUUUUUCAGCUGUGCACAUAUACCGAAAACCAACACAUCUCUCUGGUAGAUAUUGUAUAAGCAGUAUAAGAAAAAUGUAUUUUACGCCCACAAAGUACUGUGUGCAAAACAUUAAUGUGGAUAAGAAGAGAUUUUCCACAAUUGCAUUUUCUUAAUGUCUUCGUGCGUCCAGUUGUGCAGAAUUAUGCUUCUAAUGAUUGACUUACUCCAUUUAGCUUAUUUUUAUUUGUUGAUUAACGUAUGAGAAGGUAACUUCAUUCAGUACAGUACUGGUUGCAAUCAUUUUUAGUAAAUUGCCCUUACUGUAGAGGUGAAAUGAAAACCACUAGAUGGAUUAAUUAGAAUUAUCAAGCAUUAAUUUUCCAACUUGAUUAUAAGGUAAUUAGACUGGUACAUUUAAUACUGUUACAUGCAAAUUUGUAAUCAAACCCCAAGAUAUUUUGUUGCUGUUUAUUAUAGUUUGAGCAUUUAUUUUGCAGUCAUUUAACCACUUUAUAUUGCUCAGUAAGCCUUCAUACAUACAUAUGUACACAUAUGUAUAUAUAUCAAGGUAUUACUUGCAAAUAUAAAUUCCUAAAAAAAACAUGGAUUAAAUUCUAGGAAAUAAUGUAUGUAAAUUGUUUGGUUGUUUACAAGUUUUAUAUGGACAUUAUGAUAGGAUUCACAUUUGAAUAAUAAAAAAAGUUAAACUGCCUUAAAAUACUCAAGCAUAAAAAUGACGUUCAUUGUUAAAAAUAUAAUUUGCAUUAAUUAUGAUUCAAAUAAAAUGUAGAUUUUAAAAAGAAAGUCAGUAUUUUGUGAAGCAUGUUUCAAGAGGGAAAUAUAAUGCAGUUCAAACUUGUAAAGAAGUCCUGGGUGAGAAGAGACAUUCCUUUAUUGUAGUAAUAAUAAAUAAUGCAUUGUAGUUACUUUAACCAAAACAAACUGAGGAUUGGGGGCAUAAACAUUUUGGUUCAAAAUGGGUUUUUUAAAAUGUUUUGAUCGCAAUUUCAAAUAUGUUUAUAUUAAUGAAGUUGAACUUCACUUGACUUAUAAAUUGAAGAAAUUAAGAGCACUGUUUUCUGUGACAUCACCUACAGUAGCGCCCCUUGCUAACAUUGGUGAGAUUUUUAAAUACAUUGUACUGUGUUGCCUUUCUGUAACUUUUAAUUAAGAUGCUGCUCAGAAGCUGGCCAUUCAUCUGCACAGUUGGGGGACUUAUUUAACAAAGCAUACACACAUGGUGGAUAUCCAUACUGUAUGCAGUGAUGUUUAAUUGAAAUGUUUGUGUGCUUUGUUAACUAAGUCAGUGCUAAGCUUCUGCCUUACUUUAUUUUUCUGAGUUAGCAUUUUGUGUUUAGUUCCAGAUAUCCAAAUUUAAUUCAUACCACAUUUGUACGUCUUGAUCCAUGCCACAUUACCGUUAUAUCAAAAUCUUUGUUAGUUAAUAACUGUAUAAUGUGUAAUAUAACGCUGCCAAUACCAAAGACUUGAAUAAAACGAGCUUGGUAGGAACUGGAAA